CCGUGAGUUCACAGUUGACGGAUGUCGUGCCGUGAAACAGUUCGUUGUUCUAUUUUACUCCUUAUUUUCGAUUAUUUUAGAGAAAUAACAUUGACUCCAUUAACCCUUUACAAUAGACAUCGGUGUGUAAAUAAUAUGAUAUGACGGAUUUGUGACUUUAAUAUUGUGAAGUUUUGUUUUGCACAAUGGCUGGCACGGGUGGAAUAUUUUUGCGACGAUUUCUCCCAUCCGUCUUCGGAUUCCUGUUUCUAAUUCAUAUAGCGGAAUACAUUCCCACCGCGUCCGCCGAAGGGCAUUGCAUCUGGUACGGCGUGUGCUCCAACUCGACGUCGAAACAGAAGAACUGUCAGUAUGAAGGUCCUGCCAAGCCAAUACCGCAGGGGGACGCAAUGAAAACCCUGCAGACAUAUUGCCCGGACAUCGCGGCCGGGGGCGUCUCGUGCUGCGACGAGCACCAGCUGAAGAAUCUCAACGAUGGCAUACAGGUGCCUCUCAACUUCCUCGCGCGGUGCCCGUCCUGCGUGGACAACUUCCUCAAGCAUAUAUGCGCCAUGACAUGCUCGCCCAAUCAGAGCGAGUUCUUGUUCCCCAACGAGACUGCUCAGUACAACUCUACACAUAAGAUGAUAAUGGCGGUGGACUACCAUCUCAGCGCUACAUACAUGAAUACUACAUUUAGCUCGUGUAAAGAUGUACAAACGCCGUCUACGAAUCAGUUGGCGUUGGAUAUACUGUGCGGGGAAGCGUACACUUGCUCGCCCCAGCGCUGGUUCAACUUCAUGGGCGACGUGAGGGUGCCUCAAGUGCCCUUCCAGAUCAACUACAUCAGUGGAGACGCGCCGGUGGACGGGUUCACGCCGUACAACCCGCCCACUAGACCCUGCAGCAUUGGCUUACCGGGUCAGCCGGGCUGCUCGUGCCUGGACUGCGAGGCGGCGUGCCCCGCGCCCGCGCCCGCACCGCCGCCGCCGCGCCCCUUCAGCUUCCACGGCGCGGACGGCUACGCCGUGGUCAUGGCCAUCGUCUUCCUCAUCUUCACCACGCUCUUCCUCAGCGGCGUAUACUGCUGCAACGCGCAGGAGAACGUUGUCGAUGGGUGGGCGCGCGCGGCCGAGCUGCGGCGCGGCGGCGGGCCCGAGACCAGUCCGCUGCACAGCCACCGAUCCAGUGUGGCAUCUGAAAACAACCAAGAAAUGGCAACGAAUCCGACAGCCGUUGGUUGGUCGGCCGACCAGACUGAUAGCGCCGACGAAGCCACGUUCUUCGAGAAGCUAGGAGCUGAGACAGAGAGCAGGCUCGAGGACUUCUUCCAGUGGUGGGGCACGGCCAUGGCGUCGCGACCAUGGGUCGUCCUGGUCCUUGGUCUCUGCUUCGUAGUGGCGCUGGGUUUCGGCGUCAAGUUCAUGAUAGUGACGACCAACCCCGUGGAGCUGUGGGCCUCGCCGACGUCCAGGUCGCGCGUCGAGCGAGAAUACUUCGACUCCCAUUUCGAGCCAUUCUACAGGACAGAGAUGCUAAUCAUCAGUUCGAAGGGUCUGCCCAACUUGGAGUUCAUAUCUGAUGAUAAAACAGUUUGGGAGUUUGGACCAGUUUUCAACUCUACCUUCCUCUUAAAUGUGCUGGAUUUGCAGGAGAGGAUUAUGGCGUUAGGGAACAACACGCGCAUCGAGGACAUCUGCUUCGCGCCGAUGACGUCACCCUUCACCGGCCCCGUAACGGCCGACCAGUGCGCCGUGCAAUCCGUGUGGGGCUGGUGGCAGAACGACCGCGACAACGUGCUCGACGACCUGGACAACAACCAGUACCUCGAGAAGAUCAUUACAUGCUCACAGAACCCUUACCUGUGUCUAUCAGUAUGGGGAGGGCCCGUGCUUCCAGGCGUUGCAUUGGGUGGAUUCUUGGCGCCCGGCGAGCCACUCAGCAAAGCCUCGCGCUUCCACCGCGCCAACGCACUCAUCAUCACCAUCCUCGUCAACAAUAAACACGACAAAGAGAAGUUGAAACCAGCGCUCGAAUGGGAGGAGGAGUUCAUUAAAUUCAUGAAGAAUUACACGGAGAAUGAAAUGCCACCCUACAUGGACAUAGCUUACACGUCCGAGCGGUCGAUCGAAGAUGAACUAAACCGCGAGUCCAAGUCGGACGUCUACACUAUAUUGGUGUCUUAUUUCAUCAUGUUCGCGUAUAUUGCAGUAUCUUUGGGAAGGUUCACUACUUGCUCGAGGCUGCUCAUUGAUAGUAAAGUCACUCUUGGAUUGGGUGGUGUGCUGAUCGUGCUGGCGUCCGUGCUGUGCUCGGUGGGGAUAUUCGGCUACUGCGGCGUGGCGGCCACGCUCAUCAUCGUGGAGGUCAUCCCCUUCCUCGUGCUGGCCGUGGGCGUGGACAACAUCUUCAUCCUCGUGCAGACCGCGCAGCGCGACCCGCGCCGCCCCGACGAGACCAUCGCGCAGCACAUCGGCAGGACGUUGGGUCAAGUGGGCCCGUCCAUGUUCCUGACGUCGGUGUCGGAAUCCGUGUGCUUCUUCCUGGGCGCGCUGAGCGACAUGCCCGCGGUGCGCGCGUUCGCUCUGUACGCUGGUGCCGCGCUGCUCGUGGACUUCCUGCUGCAAGUCACGUGCUUCGUGGCUCUGCUGGCUCUGGACACCAAGCGGCAGGUGGACAACAGGUACGACGUGUUCUGCUGCUUAGCGGGCAGCAAGGCGGGCGCGGCGCACGAAGCGGGCGAGGGCGCGCUGUACAACCUGUUCCGCCACGUGUACGUGCCCUUCCUAAUGAAGCGCGAGGUGCGCGCCUCCGUCAUGAUCAUCUUCUUCGCCUGGCUCUGCUCAUCAGUGGCCGUGGCACCUCACAUAGAAAUUGGUUUGGACCAGGAGUUGUCGAUGCCUCAGGACAGCUUCCAGCUGAAAUACUUCCAGCACUUGAACCGGUACCUGAAUAUUGGUCCGCCGGUCUAUUUUGUGGUGACGGAUGAACUGGACUACUCGGAUCGGGACAUUCAGAAUAUGGUGUGCGGGACCAGAUUCUGCAGGAACGACAGCGUCGCCAUGCAACUUUACUCUGCAUACCGAACACCCAACGUGUCGUACAUCGCCCAGCCGCCCAACGCGUGGUUGGACGACUUCUUCGACUGGUCGGCCUCGGAGAAGUGCUGCAAGCAGUUCCCCACCAAUGACUCCUUCUGCCCCAACGAUCAUGCCAUGCCGCCUUGUGAGAUGUGCAACAUAACUCUCACUGGAGCAGAGAAGCGACCCAGUCAGGAGGAUUUCAAACAUUACGUUCCGUUCUUCCUGCAAGACAACCCGACGCCAACCUGCGCCAAGGCCGGACACGCGGCGUACGGGCACGCCGUCAACUAUAAAAUGAAUGGGACGGAGAAGCGAGUUGGCGCUACCUACUAUCAAGGGUACCAUUCCGUUCUAAAGACAAGCCACGACUACUACUCCGCCCUGCGCGCGGCGCGGUCUAUAUCAGCAGACAUAUCCGAGACGCUAAACCGCAACCUGCAGGCCAGCGGCAAGAACGUGACGGUCAACGUGUUCCCGUACUCGGUGUUCUAUGUGUUCUACGAGCAGUACCUCACCAUGUGGCCGGACACGCUCAAGUCGAUGGGCAUCUCGGUGCUGUCCAUCUUCCUGGUCACCUUCAUCCUCAUGGGCUUCGAUCUGUUCUCUGCGCUGGUUGUAGUGAUCACCAUAACGAUGAUCGUAGUAAAUCUCGGCGGUGUAAUGUACUGGUGGGGAAUCAGUCUGAACGCAGUGUCAUUAGUUAAUUUAGUGAUGGCAGUUGGUAUCGCGGUGGAGUUCUGCUCUCACCUGGUACACUCAUUCAGCGUGUCCGGGGGCGGCUCACGCGUGGACCGCGCCUCGCACUCGCUCUGCACCAUGGGCUCGUCCGUGCUGUCCGGCAUUACGCUCACCAAGUUCGGCGGCAUAGUGGUGCUGGCCACCGCCAACAGCCAGAUCUUCCAGGUGUUCUACUUCCGCAUGUACCUGGGCAUCGUGGUGCUGGGCGCCGCGCACGGCCUCAUAUUCCUGCCCGUCAUGCUCAGCUAUAUCGGCUCGCCGGUGAACAAGCAGAAGCUCGCCAACCAGCUGCUGCGCGGCACGGAGGCGCGCGUGGCGGAGACGUCGCUGAGCCGAGUAAGCAAAGGCAGACAUUAUGACUUUGACCCUACGCCGACGCUCGCCUGAGCGCCACUGGGCUUUGACAUGCUCACUGUGCACGCUAUGUUGUUCGCUAAGUUGUGUGCGGAUAGUUUGACUGGUUUUCGCGUAAUAUGGUCUCCAGAUUAAAGUUUAAAAGGACGGGAAAUGAUGGGGAGAUAGUUAGCAAAACAGAGAACGAUAGAUUUAUUCAAUAUAGGCAAAACAAAAGAAAGUUUUAAAUACUUUUGAAAUAUAUUUAAAAUUAUUAAAUUAGACGUCCGCUGACGCUCGCGGUGUGUUGUAUGUGGAUACUUAGACUGGAUUUUGCUUAACAUUAAGUUUUAAGAGAGGGCUGUUAAAUAUGUGAGAAUAUUAGAGAGAUAGAAAACUUUAUUGCACACAAAACGUGAAAUAACCAAGCCAAAUAAAGAAACUUAAAACAAUUUAAUGCAAAUGUUUUAUGCAAUUUUUAUUGUUUCAUUGCAAACUGUUUAGUAAAACAAUUAUUAUAUGAAAGAAUCUGAAUCACUCGCAGGAAAUACUCUUCGGCAAGUUUUGUAUACUAAUGCUUAUAAAAACUUGCAGAAAUGGACAUGACAAGGACAUCGACUUUGUAAGAAUACUUGCCAGUGGACGAUUGUAAGGAUUGACGGAAUCGGUUUUAGUAGGAUUUUACGUGUAAAAACGUAGCGAACGGGUGUUGGGGUCCGAUAAAUACGCCAAUAACACUGGUUCAAUAAGAUAAUUGGGUAUAAAGUAUAGACACCUAAAAAUUAAAAUACUCUUAACAUACUUGCUAAGAGCUUCAAUAAAGACAAAUAAAAAGCCAAAAUGUUUUUAUAGUAUUUACAGUUUUAGAUAGAUACAUUUUUUUAGUCAACUUUGAUGUCUUUUACCGAUUUAUUUCCCAAAACGUCAUAUUUUUAAAACUUUUCACAAAAAUUAACAAACAA